UUUCAGCGCAUGUCACAUUUCCCGCCAAAGCAGUACCGCGCGCGCAUCAUGGCGUCUUCACGUACGAAAGCGCGCGAAACCUCAGCGUACUCUAGUCAUUAAAGACUGAUCGACUAUGACUUUUAAUUUAUUGACUGACUAAUAUUAUGUGACUGUGGUGUUUUUGACUUAUUAUGACUAAUUAUUUGACCGUUUGACAUUGUGACAGUGACUUGACUUGACUGGAUUUUUGACUGGACUUACGACAUCAAUAAGUGGAGAUGCACUCGAGAGCCGCACAGAAGAGGGAAAGUUUCCCAAAGCGAGUGCGCUGCGGGACUCACCUUUAUUGGAGCAAUGCCCGCUGCGCGCCCCUCCCAAGUGUCCUCCUGCUUCUAAAAGAUACCGCACACACGAUGGGACAUGCAACAACCUGAACCACCUCCGAUGGGGGUCCACCAUGACCCCAGUACAGCGCUUCCUCUCCCCAGUCUACUCAGAUGGCAUACAAGCACCCCGCCGUUCAGUAUUCGGUUCCCUUCUUCCUUCCGCUAGAGAAAUCAGCGCGUCAAUCCAUGAAGACCAGGAUGUGGAAAACCCUGGGAUUACCCACUUGCUAAUGCAAUGGGGGCAGUUUUUAGACCACGAUAUAGUGUCAUCGUCGCAAUCGCGAGGAUUCAAUGGAUCUGUGCCACGUUGCUGCAAGGACGGGGGAAGGGAUUUCAUCCCCAAGGAAUUUUUGCAUCCGGAAUGUCUCCCCAUCGCAGUGCCUCUAUCAGAUCCGUUCUACGGUCCCCGCGGCGUCAGGUGUCUAGACUUCAUCAGGUCCUCACCAGCUCCGCUGGAAGACUGUAGGAUCGGGUGGAGGGAGCAGAUCAACCAAGUGUCUGCGUAUAUAGAUGGAUCUCCACUGUAUGCGAGUUCUGCGCGGCAGUCUGAUAAACUCCGACUGUUUAGGAAUGGCAUGCUGCAGUACGGGCGCGCGGCGGCGCAGCGGCCGCUGCUGCCGGCGCAGCGGGCGGACGCGCUGUGCCGCGGCGGCGCGCUGUCGGCCGCGUGCUUCCGCUCGGGCGACGCGCGCGUCAACGAGCAGCCCGGCCUCGUCGCCGCGCACAUCGUGUGGCUGCGCAUGCACAACCGAAUGGCAACAGAAUUGGCGCAUCUGAACCCCCAUUGGAGUGAUGAGAAGAUUUAUCAAGAGACACGCAAAAUAGUUGGCGCUAUGAUACAGCAUAUUACUUAUAGAGAGUUCUUACCAAUUGUGCUAGGCGCGGAGGUGAUGCGGCUGUUCGAGCUGGAGGUGGGGCGCGCGGGCUACUGGCGCGGCUACAGCGGCGGCGCCAGCGCGGCGCCCGCCAGCGCCUUCGCCACCGCCGCCUUCCGCUUCGGCCACAGCCUCGUGCAGCGCUCGCUCGUGCGCUUCGACCGCGCGCACCGCCCCGCGCCGCACAAUGUGACCCUCCACAACGAGCCCACAAACCCAUCCAACAUCUGGAGCAUGGGCGCCGUAGACAGACUUCUCCUUGGGAUGAUCAACCAACCGAUUCAGAAACGCGACGAAUUCAUCACUGAAGAGCUCACCAACCACCUCUUCCAGACUCCGCACUUCGACUUCGGUAUGGACUUGGCCGCUAUUAACAUUCAAAGAGGGCGGGAUCACGGGGUCCCUCCCUAUACCGCCUGGAGGGAGCCGUGCGGCCUCAGCACAAUAGACGGAUUCGAAGAUCUGUUAAGAGUAAUGCCAGCCAGAGUUGUCAGGAAAUUAAAAGCCUUGUAUAAGCACGUUGACGAUAUAGACCUCUUCACUGGCGGGAUCGCCGAGCGGCCUGUUAUUGGCGGUUUAGUUGGACCAACUUUCGCUUGUAUCAUAGCACAGCAAUUCUCCAAUCUGCGUAAAGGAGAUAGAUUCUGGUACGAAAAUGGAGGAUUCGACUCAUCAUUCACACCAGCACAGUUGCAACAAAUUCGACGAAUCACUUUAGCACAAGUACUUUGUCGCACGCUUGACACAAUAGACAGCGUUCAAUCCUUUGUGUUCCUAUCCCCUGACAACCCUGACAAUGAAAGAAUAUCCUGCCUUAACGGUCUACUAAACAACUUCGACCUUUCUCCUUGGGUAGAAAUAAACUCCAGCUCAAAUAAUGAAGUGAGAAACUCUGACGAACCCACGACUACUACAAAAACCAAAAAAACAAAACCAACAACAACGACAGAAAAUCCUACGACCACAACUAAAAGACUCAAACCAAGCCAUGGCAAUAUAGCCCCUAAAAAGCCAAAUGCAGCUUUGACUGAAACAAAAGUUCCAAAGCUGGGUCAAAUUAAUUUGACCGAUGACUUAGAUGACGUAACUGAAUCUACUUUAGACUUAAAGGGUAUUGACGAUAAACUCGACUUUAAAAACAAAACUAAACGACUGGAUGACGGAGACGUACAGACACGACGCAACCCGAUAAAUCAAUACGGUGACUAUGAUGACGUGCAUAGCGUGCAGUCGGUUGUUGUGAAUAACUUGCCGCAUACGAGGCCACACAACCGACCGUACCUAUCCGUGACUGAAAACAUCGACAAAUAUACUUACCUCAUUAACUACGUUCCAAGACCGACUCAGUCUUGGCGACAGACGACUAGACGAAACUAUGACAGGGAUGUAGUUAAAGUGACAUAUCAGAAUUACGAAGACACAUACAGACGACCUAACAGACCAUACUAUAACAGAGAUGACUUAGACAACGACUUUGAAUCUAGAAGUGACGAACCUAGAAAGCCUGACUUACACUCAUCAGCUAGAUCAAAUGAUGACGUACUGACGACCAGACUUACAGAAAGACCAUAUGAUAAAGUGACUGUAAAAACUACUGAAGUUGACGCAACCACUGAAAACUUAUACAAAUUACUGACUUUUGGUUAUUUAGGUUCUUAUAAAGGUGACCUUACUGACAGAAUAACAAGGAAAGACUCACAAGACGACAACAUAAGUAAAGACUUUUCGACUGACGAAAAAAAAGAGGGUACUGACACAAGCAGUGGAAAACUAUCGACGUUCUUCCUUUACGAGACUGUGACUAGACCUUUUAACUCCCAACGACUGACUCAAGACGAAGUGACUAGAAACACUAAAACAAAAUACUUCUAUGUUAACAAUGUUUUAAAGAAAUACCCAGACGAUGAACCCAAACAUGAAGAAGUGCAAAAUAAAAAUAACAUUCGCAAAGAGAACAUCGAAGAGCGAUCCGUUCCGGACAAAAUGGCUGCUUUAGAAGAGCCAAAGUCUGAAAAACCUAGCUUCAAGGGUAAAAAGCCCGGAAACUCUGCUAAGACACCAUCCGUUACUUUCCAAAUAAUUCCCAGCGAAAACAGCCCUUCUCGAUGGGCAGUUUACGAGGAGAAGGAAGACCUACUAGACUCUCUCCCACCAAGCAUGCCAUCCAUCAAAAUAGACCCUCACGCGCUCAGAGAGUUACCUCGACCAAUAAAUUUCACAGCAAAACGACGCUUUGGAAGGAAAUAAUAUAAUACUAACAUAAUUCAAUUUAUGUGCUAAGUGCUCAGUUUUUUCGUAGAUGUAAAAUUGUUAGGGAAGUUGUGACUAUGUAAAUUUUGACAGAUUUCGAUGUAAUGUUUAGGACUGGUAAAGGAUGACUAAAUAAUAUCAAUACUGACUAUUUACUGACUAAUGACUGACUCGACUAAUGAUCCUGCUGAGAGUGACCACGUUGACAAAAAAUUUGACUUGACCGUGUUGACUGAAUUUUUGACGAAUAAAAUUAUUAUCUAUUAAUACCCGACUAUUGCUUAAAUUUUUUCUCAUCAAAAGUACUUGUUCAGUUUUUAGAAUCAACUAGCUAGUAUACAAACAAGGAUAACAAUUAUACUUUGCAAUUCGGAAAUUAAAUUGUUAUCACCAGACUGAAUAACAUACAGGUCUAUUUUAUCGUAAAUUGCAAAUAAAGUAAAUUAGUUUAUUUUGAAUUUUUGACUACGACUUCGGUAAAAAGAACAAUACAAAAACUUUGACUAUGGACUGAACGUGCAUAUACGCUACGGUACUUAUAGUCCUCUGGUGAUUUAUUAUAAAUUUCGAGUCUGUUCAAGCAUUAACAAUAAGGAUGUAUACCUACACCAGACAGAUACAGACGUCUUCUUGUCUUUGACAUUUAUGUACUUUUUAACGUAAUUACCUACCUACUGGCACGAAUUCUGCCCAUCAAGUACCAUUACUAUAAGAAUACCUACUAAAAAAUGAUGGAAGACUAAAGAUAAACUAAUUCUGACUACACUAAAUGACUGACUCUUACUUACUUACUUUUUUCACUAUUAAAUAA